CUUCGAUGCUUGGUUCUGACGAGUCCUUCUACCGCGCACUACUUCCUUCUUCAUACCCAUCUUAUCCUCCUGCCUUUCGUAGCCUUCUCUACCCCCCAAUCUUGCUCUCGAUCCAUGUCCAAGAAGACCAAAUCGUUCGCCGCCUCAUCCCUACUCGAUCUGAAGGCCGAGCUUGCGCAGCAAGAGGCGGACGCUAAGACGCGGCGUGCUGCUGGGGGAAAGAAGGAGUACAUCGCCGGUGGUGUGAAACGAUCAGAGAAGAAAACCACGGCAUGGCUACGAGCGAACAAGGGCGUGAAGUCGCGCGCUGAGCGCGACUUGCAGAUGGAGGCGGUCGAUCGGCCCACGCUGGAGUCGUCUCGCGCGAGGUUAGAGGAGAAAGCACGAAUAUAUGACAAGCUCAAGCGCGGGCAGACAGCUGGGCUAGAUUCCGCACACUACGACGCGCUCCUGGUCGAUUUCGACGCCAAAGGAUACGAAGCGCACAGCGAUGACGAGGACGAAUCCCUGACAGUGCCAAGAGCACCUAAUGAGAAUGACCCUAUUGUCGAGUACGUGGACGAGCUCGGCCGCACGCGCACGGCACGCAAGUCGGAGGUUCCACGAGAGUUCAUGUACCAAUUUGAGGAAGGCGGCGCGGAAGACAGCGAUGAAGAUCUUGUCAUCCGCAAUCCCGAAGGCUUCUUCCCAACAUAUCAUCCAACUGAAGAGCGCGUUGCCCAGAUUGAGAAAGACUUUGCCGAGCAGACGAAGGUGGAAGGGCAUUACGAUGCCCGGGGCGAGAAUCGUGCGCGCGGCGCCGCGUUCUACGCAUUCUCGCAAGAUGAAGAAGAAAGAAAGCGGCAGAUGGAGGAGUUGAAGGCCGCGCGGGACGAGACACGCACCGUGCGACAGGAAGUAGGAGCGGAAGAACCUGCGGUAGGGGAGAUGGUGGGGAUGCGGUUGGACGAGGAGCUUGUCGGCGACGCGAAAGGCAAGGGAAAGGCGAAGGAGGUAGCGGGAACUGGGAUGAGCAAGGCAAUGGAGAAGCGGAAGAGGGAGAGGGAGGAGAGGCAACGAAUGCUGGAGGCGAAGCGGAGGAAGUUGCGAGGGGAGCCGGAGCCUAGUCCUGCACCAGCACCGCCGCCUCUUGUCAGCCAACCCCCAAAGUCUACGCCUGCAGAUCCGUUCGCUGCAUUGGAGGCGAAGGAGAGGAGCGGUAAACGAGAUGAGGCGGAUGCUUUUCUGGCUUCAUUGGAGACGGAGCUCCGAGGAGGGACGAAGUAGUGGCUUUAGCGUAGAAAUCAUAUUUGCGACUCUCGAGUCCACUCAACAUCUAUACACGCUUGCCCGAGUAC